UUCCUUCGAGUUCGACAAGUUCGUUUUGUUGUUGUUGUCCUCGUACCUCGAGCCAGAUGAUUAGUGAUAUUUUCAUUUUAGCUUUUAAUUAUGUUUUAGUGGCUCGUGGAUAGUGCUCGGGUUUUUUGUAUUUGGAUUUGAAUGUACUUUCUGUAAUUCCAUAUGUGUAUAGUGGGUUAAUUGUUCCGUGUUAUUCAUCGUUGCAUCCAUUGAUAAGGUAAAAAUGGCAACAUUGGCAACUGAUAAUCUUCUGUUAAAAAACAGGUCUCCUGACGUAAAAGUGCAAAUUACUCCGGCACAACCAAAGAAGCUAACACAUUUGCCCGAGAGGCCAAAGGUGGAUUUAGCGUUUUCCAAUUUGACGUACACCGUUCGCCAAGGAAAGAAAGACAAAAUUAUUCUGAAAAAUGUCAGCGGAAGGCUUCGAUCUGGCGAGUUGUGCGCUAUUAUGGGGCCUUCAGGGGCUGGAAAAUCAACCCUACUUAAUAUCUUGACAGGAUACAAAACAGAAGGAACAACGGGCCAAAUAUUAAUGAAUAACAAUGAAAGAGAUUUGAGUCAGUUUAGAAAAUUAUCUGCUUACAUCAUGCAGGACAACCAGCUUCAUGCGAAUUUAACAGUAGAUGAGGCCAUGACAGUAGCAGCCAAAUUGAAAAUAGGGGAUAAAAAAUUACACGAUAGAGAGGCUAUUAUUACAGAAAUUCUAGACACUCUGGGCUUGCUAGAUCACAGAAAAACAAUGACUAGUGGCCUUUCUGGAGGUCAGAAAAAGAGAUUGUCAAUUGCAUUGGAACUUGUUAGCAAUCCUCCUAUUAUGUUUUUCGAUGAACCGACUAGUGGAUUGGAUUCGUCAUCCUGUUUCCAGUGUAUAUCUCUGCUGAAGACUCUAGCUAAGGGGGGUAGAACUAUCAUAUGCACGAUCCACCAGCCAUCAGCUAGAUUAUUCGAAAUGUUCGACCAGCUGUACACACUCGCGGACGGCCAGUGUGUUUAUCAAGGGUCCACAAAUCAAUUAGUACCGUUCCUUGGUACGCUUGGCUUACAGUGUCCUUCCUACCACAACCCCGCUUCCUACAUAAUCGAGGUGGCCUGUGGAGAGUAUGGCGACCAUACAAAAAAAUUGGUUCUAGCCAUUGAUAACGGCAAAAAUGAUAUUAGGGAAGGUAAACCGUUUCCCGAUUUGAAAUUCAACAACGGCUUCAACAACGGCGAUGUUUUUGCCAAAGAGAACAUGAACACCAUCAUGGCUAACCAACUUUCAAAAGAAUCUGCUAAUAGUUAUAGCGAGAAGAAUCUAAAUGUGGCGGGUGAGCAGGUUGUGAAUAACCAUGUUCCCAAAGUAUCUGUUUCCGAUAAAAUCAUCGACAAACAAGAUGUUAAUUCCACGAUAUUGGAAAACGUGAUACCUAUAGACCAGCUCAAGAGCAAACGAGCAAAUGUCAAUGUUGAAAAAGCACAGUCUGUUGGUCAAGAUGUACAAGAAUCUGCUGUUGAUAUCGAAAAGCCAGAUGUUACGUCUACGUUAUUAGAAAACACAGUACCUGUGAAGCAGCCUAGGUAUGGAAAUACGGAAUUGCAACAGUUCUUUAUCAUUUUAAAGCGAGCACUUCUAUUCAGCAGGAGAGAUUGGACCCUCAUGUACCUUCGUUUGUUUGCCCACAUCCUUGUCGGUUUCUUGAUAGGAGCCUUGUAUUUCAAAAUCGGCAAUGACGGCUCGAAAGUUCUCAGUAAUCUCGGAUUCCUCUUCUUCAACAUGUUGUUUUUGAUGUACACCUCCAUGACGAUAACCAUCCUGUCUUUUCCGUUGGAACUGCCAGUUUUGCUCAAGGAACACUUCAACAGGUGGUAUUCUUUGAGGUCUUAUUAUCUCGCCAUUACGAUAUCGGACAUGCCUUUCCAGACCGUUUUCUGUGUUCUGUACGUUACCAUAGUAUAUUUCAUGACAUCACAGCCGCCAGAGUUACACAGGUACGGGAUGUUCUUGUUGGCGUGCCUGCUAGUGUCGUUUGUGGCACAAAGCGUAGGGUUAGUAGUGGGAGCUGCUAUGAACGUGCAGAACGGCGUCUUCUUGGCUCCUGUAAUGUCUGUACCUUUCCUGCUGUUCUCGGGUUUCUUCGUAUCUUUCGAUGCAAUCCCUAUUUACCUUCGAUGGAUAACUUACCUGUCGUACAUCAGAUACGGAUUCGAAGGCACCGCCUUAGCCACCUACGGUUUCAACAGGCCAAAAUUGGAAUGCUUCACCUCGUACUGUCACUUUAAAUCGCCCGAUACGACAUUGGAGGAGUUAGAUAUGAACAAGUCUAGUUACACUCUCGAUAUAGUCGCGCUCGUGGUGAUAUUCUUCGUACUAAGAAUAUCCGCUUUCUUGUUCUUGAAAUGGAAACUAAAGUCAAAUCGUUAAGAGGACUAGUAAUUGUUAAUCGUUAUUUUUUUACAAUGUUUUUAGUCUAGGUAGAUAAUGCAGACAAUUUUCAUUAUGGAGCUAGAAAAAUUGAUAAAAGGUUAAAGGUAAUUUUUGUAAUUAUGGGAAUAUUGGAAAGAACAUACUUUUUACUAAUAAUAUGUCCAAGAAUAAGUUCUGUUAACUAUAGGUGGAAUGCGAGUAUGAAGAUUUAGCUUUUCAAUAUGAAUCCCUGGAUUUAAUACAAUACAACUGAAAUUAUUUAAGUAGAAGUAUAUUUAAUAUUAUUUUUUGUAAUGUUACUUCUAAUAUUUGUGAUGUAGUUAGGGGCUGUGAGACAAAACCGAACAGUAACGAUAUAUACCUUGCCAGUUUUUUUUACCCAUGACGUAAUUGUUACAAAAAUGGUAAUAUUCCAACUGUCGCUUCAUGAAUGGGUACUUGGACCAUAAAUAUAUUUAUAUACUUUUAUAUAUACACAGUAGUUAUAAAGUUAAUAUUUUGCAUUUAUAUGUACAUUGUUGUUAAUAAACCUAUAUAAAAUAUC